AUGCGCAACGGUAGUGGUCCCGCGCCACCGAGACCCUCGUAUCCCGCACGAACGAGUAGUAGUACGAGCAUUCAUACCCCAGGUCAGGGCAGUAUGAGUCUGCCUAUCAGAACGGCGCCAGGGUCCAGCGAUGCUGGGUCGAGACCAGGGAGUCGGGGUCCCAUGCCCGGGGGUGGCGGAGGUCAGGGACUACCGCCUGCGCCGAGACGGUGGAAUAGUGAGGUACAAUAG